CAAAACACUAGAAGAAGAAAUGUUUGCAGCAGAUAUAAAAAAGGAAAGCCCCUCCUUCUCUUCCUAUUCGACCUGCAUUGCGACACGGUGUAACAGUCUCCUUAACUCUGCAAGAGAAAAAGUGCGCAACGCGCGAUCGCCAUUUUAUCUACAUUAAAAUGUCGGACGAGGGAAAACUGUUCAUUGGGGGGCUGAGCUUCGAGACCAACGAAGAUUCUCUGGCUGCCGCCUUUGGCAAAUAUGGAACCAUCGAAAAAGUUGAUGUGAUCAGAGACAAAGAAACUGGCAGAUCGCGUGGCUUUGGCUUUGUGAAGUAUGACAAUGUUGAGGAUGCAAAGGAUGCCCUGGAUGCCAUGAAUGGAAAGACCCUGGACGGUCGUGCCAUCAGAGUGGAUGAAGCUGGAAAGGGCGGACGCUCCAGGGGAGGAUUCAGCCAACGCGGUGGCAGAUUCACCACUGGAUCCAGAGGUGGCUACAACAGUGACCGAGGCUACGGCGACAGGAGUUAUGGUGACAGAAGCUUUGGCGGCGACAGGAGUUUCGGCGGCAGUGGCUACAGAAGCGGAGGAGGUGGAGGUUAUUCCUCAGGAGGCUACAGAGAAAACAGGGGACAGGGUGGAUACGGCGACCGCUCUGGAUCCUACCGCGAUGCAUAUGACAGCUAUGCUACACACGAGUAAACAUCUCCCUGAUUCAAGAUCAUCACUUGGCUGGCUGUAUUUGAAAGAUGCUCCCUCAAGAAAAAUGUCCUCGUGUUUUUUGCUGACCUUUAGUUCUGUUGUAGUAGCUUGGCAUCUUCAAAACAAUGUAGCCAUGAGUUCUUGGUCCUUAAACCAUGUUACAAAAUACAGUUCAAGAAUCCUACAUUGCAUAAUUGGGCAUCUUUAUUUAAGUCAUUUUGUGUAAUGUGACUACUGUAAGUCCCAAUCUGGGAUCUAACAGCUCUUCACAUGGCUUUUCCACGAUCAGCCACGACAUCGCUGUAGACCAUUUGUCCAGCACUUUGUUUCCUGAUUGAAUUCUAUAGCUUUUUAUAUACGGAAGUAUCUGGGGCUUUUUGUUUUAUCUUCAGUCACUGACUGACCCUACCUCCUGCCAAGUGUUAAAGAGUGAAGACCUAUACAAAUGAACUUUGGGGGAUUUAAUGCUAAAGACCUUUAGCUAUUAAAAGAGAACCUUAGUUUAGCCAAAGCUCCUUUGUGUUCAAUUUCCCAAAAGAGUGAAUUCCUUUCAGACUGGUGAACUACACAUCCGAAGUGGCCGGCUGUUCAUGAAGUUGCAAAAUGCAGCAUGCUACAGUCUGUCCAAGGUAUCUUCUGUGCUCUGCUCAACAUCUGCAUUUUAAAUGUGCUGUAAAAAUGGACUAAUCUUGUUGAAAGUGAUCGAAAAUGUAACGUCGUUUACCCAGAGUAAAUUUAAACCGGGAACAGUUUUGUACUUUAUGUUUGUAUGAUCCAAUAUUUUUUUUCUUUGUCAGUUUGGCUUCAUGGAGCCUAUUAAACAAACUGUGGAAAAUAAUCCUGAUUCUGUUGCCUGUUCAAAAUGACCGCAUGUGGGAGUUAAGAUGGGAGCGGUUGGCUCGUGUAUUGCAGUGUGAGAAUGGUCACCUGCUCAGCUUUGAAAUGGAUGUCUCUGCAGGGCUAUUGAAUUGGCAUUUUCUUAAAAAGGAGGGUUCAGUCUGUAAAAUCCACUUGAUGAUUUGCUACCUGUUAAUCAGAAUUAAACCUUGAAACUGUUCUAAGCCUAAUGACUGCUGAAGAUUUUUCAAGAGUAGCUUUUUUUUUUUUGGUUUGUUUUUUUCCGUCUUCAUUGUAUUGAAGUCAAACUUAUAGUGAAGUUUGAUGGAAUCCCGGGAAUAGAAGAGAAUGGUGGUAAAAUGUCAGCUGGUGUCAUGUCAAUGCUUCAGUACGUUCAAGAACUCUGCUACUACAAAAACCAACAAGUCCUUGGAGUGAGGUGUUGCGACUACCAACAAGUGCUCAACAGAGAUGAAAGCUGCUCUCUUGCCUAAUUCAAAUGUGGAGAGUAGGCCAAUGCACGUGAGGUAAAAAUCUCCUUUUGCUUUGCUCACAUCCUUCAAACUCAGUCUCAUUGUUUCCAUGAAUACCUUCAAGUUAGCCGCUGUCUUAAGUCCUCUGUGCUUCAGAUGUCCACCACAAAUAAGCCAAAUGCCUCCCCCCAUUGAGAUUCUUAAAACAAGCGGGAUUCAAAAGGGGGAGGUUUCUAAGAAGCUCCUCUGGAUUAUAGUGCUCCACCCAAAGCCUGCCUUUAAAAGCAUUUGCCUCUUAAGUCAUGGGUAGCAUUGUGCUCAGUCCACUUCUGUUCACUGCAUCACUCCUCAAUUUUGCUCCAGUAAUGCCCCAAAGCAGCCUUAACUGAUGUGCUGGUACCUAGACUGUAUUCACAUGCCUUUUUUUGUUUUGUUUUUUCCAACUUAUCAGUGUGGUGAGUUUAAUAGAAUGGCAUGCAUUUUUGUUUACGCCAAAUGUUCUUCCAGGCUUAACACUGAUCUCUCUUUAGGGUGAACGGAUUGGCUGCGGCUUGACUUGAUCCCGUCUCGUUUCCAAUCACAAGCGAAGCAGCCGACUGGCAGCAGCAGCAUCCUUCACUCAUCCUGGUUCAGAUCCAGUUUGCAGCAGAAGUGGAAGUUUGACAGGUCCUGCCAAACGAGUUGAAUCAUGUGAAGCGUUGACUUCAGAGGCUUGGUUUUUCUCCCCAAGUGUUGACCAUGUAUGGGGGACAUUUUGAACGUUAAAACAAAUUGUAGCUUGUUUGUUCAAAUAAAGAGUUGGAACUGGAA